CCGCGCGAUUUGUCCCGCUCCGGAAUCCACCCGGGGUUGCUCCUUUUCCUUCGAUAGAUCCACCCUGAUCCCGGAUUUCCCCAGCCCGCCUUUCGUAACCUUUCAUGGCGGGUUAACUGUCCCCGGUCAUCUCAACCUGCUUUCCUUGCCUUGGAAGGAGGUCGUCUUCUCCGCCAACCUUGGUUUUCUUCUGACCGGCUUUUGGCUUACCUGGCUUUCUUUUGAUCCUGGGUUUUCUGCUUCUCCUGGUUCUCCUCUUCCUCCUCCGUGUGCUGGGAGGGGAAAGAGAUCCACUGGGGAUCCUGAUGGUAACCACACCGCUUUCUUCCUCACCUUCAUCCUUUUUCUGGUCUUCCGGAUGAUGAUGAAGAUGAAGAUGAUGAUGAUGAUGGAGCGAUCUCCUCUGUUAUAGAUGUCCAGCUCCCUUCUUCCUUCCACUUCACUCCAUCAUCUUCCUCCUUUUGACUUUCCAUCCUUCGCAGAAGGGCUGCGUCUUCCUUCCACUUGACCUUCCAUCAUCUUCCUCCUUUUGACUCUCCGUCCUUCGCAGAAGGGCUGCGUCUUCCUUCCACUUGACCUUCCAUCGUCUUCCUCCUUUUGACUCUCCAUCCUUCGCAGAAGUGCUGUGUCUGGCCUUACCGAGAACCUGGGGGAGCUCCCUUGACCCAACGCCCCCCACCCCAACCCACCCCCGUAAUGGACUUCCUCCUCAGCGGGGUGGCUGCCUGUGGGGCCUGCCUCUUUACCAACCCCCUGGAAGUGGUGAAGACCCGGAUGCAGCUCCAGGGAGAGCUCCGUGCUCCUGGCACCUACACCCGCCAUUACCGCAACGUCUUCCACGCCUUCUACACCAUCGGACGGGUGGACGGGCUGGCAGCUCUCCAGCGUGGACUUUCGCCUGCCUUGUUCUAUCAGUUUGGCUUUAACGGCAUCCGCUUGGGAACCUACGGGAUGGCGGAAUCGGAAGGCUACAUCCACAACCGGGACGGACGGGUCAGCCCCUGGCGGGCCACCCUGGCAGGAGCUUUGGCUGGUGCCGCAAGUGCCAUUGUGAGCAGCCCCCUGUAUCUGGUGAAGACUCAUCUCCAAGCUCAGUCAGCUUCUGAGAUUGCUGUAGGACACCAGUAUCAGCACCAGGGGAUGUUCCACGCGCUAUGCGGGAUCCACAAAGAACACGGUGUCUUAGGGCUGUGGCGUGGAGCCAUUUCUUCCGUGCCCCGAGUCAUGGUGGGUUCAUCCACGCAACUCUCUACCUUCUCCUUUUCCAAACAGUUCUUCAACAACCUCGAGAUCAUCCCCAAAGACAGCUGGCUGAUUGCCUUGUGCGCCGGAAUGACAAGCAGCUUUGCUGUUGCCAUCGCCAUGACACCUUUCGAUGUGGCCAGCACCCGCCUUUACAACCAACCGGUUGGACCUGAUGGCCAGGGCAUGAUGUACAAAGGACUCUUGGACUGCCUGGCCAAAAUCAUCCGCACGGAGGGCUUUUGGGGAGCCUACAAAGGGUUGGGGGCUGCAUACUUCCGCAUCGGGCCGCACACCAUCCUCAGCCUUCUCUUCUGGGAUCAGAUCCGCCAAGUCAACUUCCGCUGGACGCAGAAGUGAAGCCACUCGGAAGGGAGGAAGCCCACGGCCCAAUUUGCACAUCAUGACAUUACCUCAGGGCAGGGACAGCCCAGACUUCGCUGUCAGUCAAGCUAGUCUCGAGAGAUUCGAUGCCAGCAGGAGGCAUCGGUUUCAUACUGGGCAGAGAAACAUUCCUCGCGCUUCGUUUUUUGACCGUUCUCACGUCUGGGUCCCCUUUCCUACUUCGCUUACAGAUGGGAAGAGAAAAAAUUAACACUAGCAACUCUUUCUCCUGCCCGGAACAAUGAUACGGCAAUCGUUAACUUCUGGGUCGACGCAGCUCUUCCCGACUUGAAGCUCGUGCAGGAACACACCUGGCCCAUUCUAUAGCGAAGCACCAUUUUUCCACUGCAGAAGAUGGGCUACUGUCAGCUUGGUAAAUGGCCUCCGGGUCCCACCUACCUAGGAGGAUCCCCUAAAAAGCUUUCUGGGGGACUCCGUUGGGUCACUUCUACCUAGUGUGCAAAUUUAUAGGGCCUCUGUAAACUGUUUUUCCAUGGCAACCAAAUAGGCCUACAGCAGUAGUGGGAUUCCCAUCACUACCAGUUCGCCCGAACCGGAGCGAACCAGUAGCAACCCACCACUGGCCUACAGGUAAGACUCACCCGCUUUUGUUAAUCCAGCCACCAGGUGGCACUAGAGUGCCAUCCUGCUCUUUUCAAUUUCUUGCUCCCAUUUUCCCCCUUAUCGAUAUCCACGCGCUAUUAAAAGUUAUCAGAUCCGCUUGUAACUUUCAGUUGGGUAAAAUGCUGCAUUGUGCGGCAACGAGUUUUGACUCGACGUACCUCAAAUGGGGUAACAUAAAGAAUGUGUCCAAAACCUUGGGCCCCAUAUGACUGGGAAUGGAAAUUUGACAAACAAUUUGUGGCCAUUUCAGUCGCACCACCGCAAUUGUGUCAUCGUCCUUUCCAACACUCCCUGACACCUUCGGCAACGGAAAAGGUAAGUAAGGUAAGUCAUAAGUUGCUCAGGUAAGUCUCCCCCCUCCCACUCACACAACACCUAUAGGCUCUGGGCUCCCACCUCACUGGCCACUGAUGUACCGCCAUGCACCCUUCGCUGUGUCGCAGUGCUGCGUGUGAAGUCAACCUCGUGGCAACUGUCCUGCAUCCCUGCUCAGCCUUCUCGACCCGUGCCACGUCCCUGUGCACCCCAUCUGACAUUUUGCACACCCUUGCACCCUUCUGGACCUCCACGGCACCUCUCGCAAAUUCCCUGCACAACCUUCCUGAGCUUUUCUGAACCGUGUGGCACCUCUCUCAUGCCUCCUUCUCAAUUCUUGUAUACCUCAACCUUGUGCAGAGUCCAUUUAUUUAUUUUUUUAUUAUUCAAUAGUAGAGCCAUCGGGAAGUAUAAAUUUGAUGCAGCAGGAAGGAAGGAGGAGGGGAGGGAGAGGGGGAAGGAAGGAAGAGAAAGGAAAGGAAUGAAAAGAAAAGAAGGACGGGACAGGAAGGAAGG